ACUGAUUGCCAGCUGCUCCUGAUAGUUUGAAGUAGGACAUCGCUGGAGCUGCCUGGAGAGGUUGUCAUGAUCACCUGUUGAGACAAAAAAAAAACAAAAAACAACAGCUCUACUAUUUCAACAUGAGUACAGUGUCAGAGGAAAGUAUUCAUCAGCCGAUGGACAUGGACCUGACUUGUCAGGCUCCUCCUGAAAACUCUUCACCCCAGGAGAGUGAAGAGGCUGGUGUUGCAGAGCAGCAGACCAUGAGAGUUUACCUCAGAGUCAGGCCUUUCUCUAAAGAGGAGCUGUCUGACCACGAAGACCAGGAUUGCGUGGUGGUUGAAAACAGCCAGAUGGUGACACUGAACGCACCAAAGGGUUCGGCCACCCUGAAAAACAGCGAGAAGAGUAUCCACAAAUUCUCUUUCUCAAAGAUUUUUGGGCCAGAGACGACUCAGGCACAGCUGUACGAGGACACGGUCAAAAGUCAAACGUCUGAUUUCUUGGAUGGAAAGAACGCCCUAAUAUUCAGCUACGGUGUAACAAAUGCUGGGAAAACCUUUACAAUUCAAGGGACCCAGAAAGAUCCGGGAAUUCUCCCGCGGGUGCUGGACACCACCUUUCAGCACAUUGGCAGUGACCAGUAUGGAGGGAUGGACCUGAAGCCCUACCUGAGGAACGAUGUACAAUGUCUGGACCCUGAUCAAGUUAGACAGGAGAGGAGCACCAAGGCGGCCAUUUUUGCAUCAGUCAAAGAGGAAGGUGAACAUCAGAGGGCCAGUAGCUUAUCCGAGUCCACAGCCUGUCCUUCUCCCACGCUUUCAUUCUCCUCUCUGUCCUACAAUCAAAGUGAAUUCAACAGCAGCCAGUUUGCGUUAUGGGUGGCCUUUUUCGAAAUCUACAACGAGUGUGUGUACGACCUGCUCCAACCUUCUCUGUGCACCAAGACCAAGAAACGUGCCGCUCUGCGCGUGUGCGAUGACGGCGCUGGAAACGCGUAUGUCAAAGAUGUUAGAUGGAUCAAUAUACAAAGCCUAGCGGACGCUAACAAGCUGCUGCAGUUUGGUAACAAAAACAGAAGUGCCGCGUCCACUAAGAUGAAUCAGUCGUCCAGCAGGAGCCACAGCAUCUUCACAAUGAAGUUACUGAAGAUUGAAAACGGUUUAGUUGAAAGGAUAUCUGAGUUUUCUCUGUGUGACCUGGCCGGCUCUGAAAGAUGUAACAAAACCAAGACGUUUGGUGAGAGGUUGAAGGAAGCGGGCAACAUAAACAACUCCCUGCUCAUCCUGGGAAAAACCUCUCUUCGCAACAAACAAACAGACGGACGAAUCAAGAGCAGCUACGUUCCUUUCCGAGAGAGCAAACUCACAAAGCUCUUCCAGGCUUUCUUCUGCGGCAAGGGACGAGCAUCCAUGAUCGUCAACAUUAAUCAGUGCGCUUCUACCUACGAUGAGACGCUUCACGUCAUGAAAUUCUCUGCCGUUGCCAAACAGGUGGUGCAGGUGAUUCCAGAAAAACCUCUGGCAUCCCUGGCUCCAUGUCUGGUCGGCCGUGAUGGAAAACCCCUGGUAAGGAGUGGGAUGAUUGACAACCAGGACCUGGAAAGCUACAUGUCUGAGGAGGAACUGCUAGAUGACGAGGAUGAAGCCGACAUGUCCAUGCUGCCUCAAGAUGAGCUCGUAAAUAUGAUCGAAAUGCUCCGAACAAAACUCCUGGCCGAGAGGAGGAGGAACCUGACUCAGGAGAUGGAGAUUCGGAAGGAAAUGGGAGACGCAAUGAUUCAACAGAUCAUGGAGAGUGAAGAGCUCCACGCUCGACAGAUAGAGGAGCUCAAGGAGCGCUACCAAGAGAAGCUGGAGGACACUUUUGAGAUGUACAAGGAUGCCAUCAAGGAACACGCCUACCAGAGCGCCAUGAACAAUCUGGAAGACGACUACGUGCCCAUUGACGAGUUCAUAGCCGAAGAAGAGAAAGUGGAGGCGCUGAAACGUAGAGUGGCCGAGUUGGAAAAGACGGGAGUCUCGGCUGUCUCAUCGACGGCUCAUUCGUCCCAGACUAAAUCAUCCGAGCAGCAACAGCCAGGGGACGAACGGUACAAAAGGCUUUACAAAGAAAAGUGUGUUGUGGAGAAGAUGUGUGUGGAUAAGCAGCAGUUAAUCGUGUCCCUCGAGAAAAGAUUGAUGGAUCUCAGCGAAACACUCCAGAUGGUCAGAGAUGGCUUUGUCAAAAAGUCUGCCGAGCUAGAGGAUCUUCAAAGGCGGUCGAACGACAAGAUUGCUGGGAAGGACGAGGAGAUUUCCUGUCUCAAGGCGGAACUGGAAAACCUAAGCCAAAAGGCCAAGCCGAAGCGCGGACUUCUCGCUAACAUCAAGGACGCCGUUACCUCUCCACGGAAGCACGGGUCGGAUCGUAUACUCAGAAAAACGAUCCGGACUCCACACCACUGAAAUGGUUCUUAAGAACAGCCGAUAUCGUAGCCGUGAUGAAACCGUUGUUCGCCUUGAUGAUAUUUUACUGAAAAUCUGUGAUGUAAAUGGUUUUAUAAUAAAAUUUUUAAUAAUGACA